AUGGAUGUGAGCGAAUCUGACAGGGAUCAGAGUGUAGCUGACUCUAGCUAUUCUGAAAUGGAACGAUUUGCUCGCAUAGCUGCUGAAGAGGAAGAGGAGAUUGAGAUGCGCAAUGCUUUCAAUACGGCGCCCACAAUGACGGAUCAGGGGUUCACAAAGAGCAGCGAAUUUAAGCCAGCAAAAUUCGUUUCAUCUAGAGGUGGGAUAGGCUCUUCAAGAUUGGGCAUCGGGGCUAGCCAAAGGGAGCCAAACAAUAAUGACGAAGAUGACCGAGCGCUACCAAGGGCAGGUAUCGGAAGGGCUGGAAUAGGAAGCAGUAGAGGCAUAGAUGCAGAACCUUCUGGAAGCGCAGCACCGAGAAUGAGCUCGUUGAAUCAAUUCAUGCCUGCGAAAGAUUCUCCGAAAAUGUCCAAUGAGACGAGCACCCUUCAGCAGGAUGCACCACCGUCUUCCGCUUUCUCACAGCGAGCAUCACAAGCAAGCAAAACCAAUACUUUCACCGGCCAGGUACCAAAGAUCUCAUUCAAAACUGGAGGUGGCUAG